AUCGGGACUAGCUGUAUGGGGCAGGUGGGUGACAUCAGUGUUAAGAAAGGAGUAUUGAGGUAACAGCUGCUCUGCCUUCUAGGAGACUGGAGGGGGACUCCGCUGACGUCCUCUGAAUCUCCCUCAAGGAGAAACGCGCAUAUCGACAAAAACAAGUAGGGCGCCUUGGAUCCACGCUGGUUGCUUUCGUAGAAAUGUGUUUUGACGUUUUGCUGCCUGCAUCCAGCGUACAGACAGGCGCGUGCGUUUUAAUAUCCUCGAUGCAUUCUCUUCCCAUCAUCCAUGUUUCUGGAUAUACAGCCAUAAUAACAACAACCUCAUCAUCACAGUGAAGGUGAUGAAGCUGGUGGUGAAAUGUUUAGAACCGAGAGACUGUUUGAGAAAAUAUGCAUGCUCUUGAUGUGUGAAGGGCAAGGAGGAGACGGAGAAUGCGGGUGGGUAAUGUGGCGUUGAUCAUGCGACUUCGGCCAGGCUGCCGCUCUCGAGAAACCGUAUCGGGACCAGCGGCGGAUGGGAUGACUUACCCGCAGGGGAAGACCCGGACGAGGGCCGCCACAUCGUGAAGCGCCCCCCGGCCAUCCCCGGGGUGUCUCCGCGGGGCAAGAGGGACGGAGGGAAGAUGCAGGAGGCGACAGCAGAUGCAGAGGAACCCAUUCUGAACGGAGCUGGGAGGGAAGAGCAGCGUCCGGUGAAGCAGUCCUUGGCUUCCUCUCUGUGUCGAGAGUCUCACUGGAAGUGUCUUCUCCUCACUCUGCUCAUGUUCGGCUGUUUUGGCACACUGGCCUGGUGCAAGCUGUGUAAAGUUCCAGUGCUAGCUCCGACAGAGCCCGAGGCUGCGGUUGUGGAGCCUGGAGACCCCUCUACGACCUCAGCUAGUUCUGGUGUCUACAUCCCCCUAGAAGUGGAUUUGGAUAGUCCCUGUUCCAGUGGCUACAUUUAUAUUCCACUCGCUUUCCUGGCCAUGCUGUAUGUGGUCUACCUGGUGGAAUGCUGGCACUGCUACUCCAAGACAGCCAUGUUGGCUCAAGCAGAGGUUGCAGAGGUGUACGAGCGUGUGCAGAGGCUACAGCAAGCAACGCCGUGCAUCUGGUGGAAGGCCAUCAGUUACCACUACGUGCGACGGACAAGACAGGUGACGCGCUAUCGCAACGGGGACGCCUAUACCACUACACAAGUGUAUCAUGAGCGUGUAAACACGCAUGCAGCGAGCUCGGAGUUUGACUAUGCGAGGUAUGGCGUCAAAGACGUUUCCAAGGAGUUAAGGGGCCUAAUGGAUCAUCCAGCGGUACGGCUGCGCUUCACCAAAUGCUUUAGUUUUGCUAGUGCCCGAGCGGAGGCUGCCUACCUGACCCAGCGUGCACGUUUUUUUGGUGAAAACGAAGGACUUGAUGAUUACAUGGAGGCACGGGAGGGAAUGCAUUUGAAGAAUGUGGAUUUCCGUGAGCACAUCCUGGCUUUCCCAGACCCGGCCAGACAGCCCUGGUAUGCCAGGCGUAAAGUUUUCUGGCUGGCCUCGGCUCUGCUCUUGUCCUGGCCGCUUCGAGUUGUUGCGGAGUAUCGCACUGCGUAUGUGCACUACCACGUAGAGAAACUGUUUGGUGAUGCUGAUGAAAACAAUAGUGGUGAUGUAACUGAGAACAGUGGGGGCAAUGAGAAUGGAAAUGGACCUGGACCCGGCACUGGAUCGAGCUAUCGUGCCAUUUCACGAGUCAAUACGGUGGACAUGACAGAGCUGGAGUGGCACAUUCGCUGCAACCAGCAGAUGGUGCCCAGCUACUCUGAGGCCCUGUUGAUGGAUCCCGGUUCGGGCACCAACCAAGGUACCAACACUCCUCCAGCCGGGCAGGGGACGAACUCGACAGCGGGUGGCCCGUCUUAUCCAGUGGCCUUCACUUCGGCUUACUUGCUCCAGAACUGUCCUCGUUGCCGCCGCACCACAAGCAGCGCUUCCCUUCCCUCCCAGUUGAGAGGCCCGACUUCAACCCUACUGAGUGGAACCAUGGCUGGGAUGAGAGCUAGUGCAUCAGGAGGUGGUCCUGGAGGCCCAGGGCGACUGGUUCUGAGCAGGAGCGGCUUCUCAUUAGGGCGGCUCCAGGCUCCUCGCCCAUCAUCCCUCUUCCACUCCCGAAGUGUAGGUGGAGGACUAGCAGCAAGAGGAGAAGAGCCAAGUGGAGGAGGUGGUUUCUUAGGUUUGGGAGCUAGACAAGACGAAGAGAGCAGAAGAGUGCUGGAGGGAGAGGGUGAGGAGGAUGAGGAGGUGGCGAAUGUGGAAAGAGAAGAAGAAGGUGAGAGAGAUGGGGAGGAAAGAGAGCAACAAGAAGAUGCAGAAGAAGAGGAAGCAAGGGAAGGAGACAGACCUCCUACAUAUCAGGAUGCCUUUUUCUUCCCAGUGUUGAUUGUGCAUGGAGAGGAGAGUUGCCAUUCAGGUGAGGACAUUUCCUGAAGAAAAGACACCAAAUCCCUAUCAAAAUGUGCAUUGAAGUGUCAGGGGAAAAAAGAGAGAAUUAGAAAUGUCAUGGCCAUAUAUGAUGUGAAGAAACAAAAUUUGUCAACUGACCCUUCACUAAGCUCCACCCCCUUUAGUCACUGUGGCUAACUCAGACAAACUUUAAAAAAAAAUAUAUAUAUAUAUAUGCGCCAUAGGAAUGAACUAGUUUUUAAAUUGUUUUGUGAGGAAAAAAAAAAAAAAAAAAGGUGAGAACUGAGGUGAAUGCUAAUCACAGGAAUCUGAAGAGACAUCUCAUUUGUAAGAGAUGAAUUGAUACAUAUGUUUAAUGAUCUGGAAAAUAAUAAAAUACAGUUUGUGCUGCUAUUAUAAGUGACCUGACAACAAUGUUAUUACCAUACUUUCUGUAAAACUGCAUUUAAAACUAUCCAAUCACACAGCUCCACUAUAGAAUUUCAUUAGAAAUGUGUAAAAGCUUGUCUGAGAAAACAAAAAAAUGGCAACAGUUGCUAAAGCGGGAUUGGUAGGUCAAGUUUUUAAGGCAACGCUUAGAGAAGAGUCAGUUGGUUAAGUUUAAGACCAAUCUGAGAACGAGAAUGCAUAAAUUGACCAAGAAAGAUGUCAGACACCUCUUGUAAACAAUGACUGACAUUAAUAUAAACUUAUCUAUGCAAUAAAGAAAUAGCAAGAGAGUGUUUGUAAAAUUUAAGGGGAUACACAACAAAAGAAGAGCUUCCAAUAUACUGCUCCUCCUCUGGUCAUAGAGCAAAAAGCACCAAAAGACAUACUACUGAAAGACAAGACCAUUGGAAAGCUUUCCAAAGAUCAUGAAGAGAACAGAACAGUUCAUCAAGGGGAAUGUUAUUAAUCUAUAUAUAGCUGUGUCCCACAAGUCAAAAAAAAUUUGUUUUAUAAAAAAAAAGAGAGAAGAACCUCAUAAACUUGCACAAAAUGUUGGGAUUCAACUUCUCGAGAUUUCAUUGUAACUUUUUUUUUUUUUUCUUUCAAAAUUCCCUCACUGCAUCUAUUGUUCUUAUGAAAUGGAUAUUUGAUGAAACUAAUGGAGUCCAUUAUUGUUGCAGGGAGUAUAAUCAUAUUAAGCUGUUUACUUGCAGCUUCAUUGAGAGUAUUUUCUUUCUGCAGGCUUGCAAGUCCCAGUAACAUGUUUUGGUUUUGCUUUUCAGAAAACUAGUAAAAGUAUAUGGAGAUAUUUUCCUCAGCUAAAACUACAGCGCUUAAUCUUGCAUUUGUGAGGUGCUGUAAUCACCUUGUGUUCACUGUGUGUAUUUUAUAUUUAUUGUUUGUUAGUCAAUAAUUGUUUAUUUGUAAAACAGCGAAUCACCAACUUUGCCUCAUGAAGAGUUUGAGACAGAAGAGCACCUCACAGACAUAAAUAAUGGUACAGCAUGUUGCCCUCCAUCGUAGUCUCUAUGCUCGUCUUUGAUUGGCUGAAGUGUCAUGUGAAUAAAUAGGCCAAUUGUGGAUGAGACUGCUUAGUGUGCCAAGACACAUCCAUCUCCUGGUAACUGUGGAUCCUCAUGAGACAUCUUAGUAGUGAGUUCACUGCAGCAAACACAUAUGAAUGUGUUUAAUAAUUGGAAAAUGCGUACAACGCAAAUCUUCCUCCUUGUGUUAUGCUGUCAAGCUUCAAAUAUAAUCUGCAAAUACACAUUGGAAGCCGAAAUGCACACGCUUUGUCCUAUCAUAAGCCUAAAGCAUGCAGACAUGCUCUCUCGUUUAUCCUUUAGCAGGUCACAUAGAUGUUGCAACUGUACUGCAAAUAAUUUAAAAACACCUUUAAUUAAGAAAAAGAAAAUAUUCUUGCAAUACUGUCAAAAUGUUCUGUCACAACGUGAAUGUUGAACUAAAAGUGAUGUGGUGUCUAUUUAAAUCACGAUGAGAAUGUAAAGUGUGUCAUUAGUAUUUGAUUGUGCAGCGUGUUUCAUCCAUUCAUCGGUUGUUGAUACCCAGAUGGUUAGACUACCAGAAUACUUGAAUUUCUAGAAAUCGUAACUGUUCAGUUGGGUGCACAAUUGUCUUCUGGAACUCAGAUGGAUGACGAGAGUUUUUUUAGUUUAAGUUGCAAAAGCUUCAGGCAGUCCUGAGAUCAACUGUAUGUUCAGCAUAUGUGUGUUUGAGUUCAGGUUUUUUUUUCAUGUACUCUUUUGAGACCGAACCCUUUAAGAUUUAAUAGUAGCAUCAAAAGCAAUACUUUACUUUUUGUGACAAUGACCUUAAUACAAUCAGUUCAGAUGUAGCCAAAUUCAUUAAGAUGUUUGCAGGAUACAAUAUGAUUAAUUUGUUUAUCUUAACUAAACAGGAGCUUUAUAUUUGUCCCUCCCCAAAGUUAAUAGGUUGUUAGCAAGCGAAUUUUGCUGUUAUGGCUCAAACAGGUUCGCCUGUGUUCUCUUUUACACUAAAAUAAUGAUUUGGCUUGGAGUUAUGAAAGGAGAAUGAAAGUUAUGAAAUAUGUAAGUGUGUGUGUGUUGGGAGGCAGACUGAUAAUAAGAAGUCACAACUGAUGAUCAUGAUAAACAUAACACUGAUGGUUCAUAAUAAACUGCUUGAUUUGAAAUCUUAUUUGUGCCUUGACAUUGUUAUCAGUGUCCAGUUAUCAAUUUGUAAAUUUAACUGGUUAUUUAGUCAUGUAAAGUGUGUUUUGGCAGUUUGAUCAAACAAAAAAAGAGAAUGUGCUUUAAAAAAAAAUAAUGCUUGUGAUUCCUCAAUGCAAUUAGAAGGUCAAGUCAAAUGUAUUAGACCUUCUAAUUGCAGUGUUUUCCACAAUUGCUGGGAAAUAUUCUAUAUUCUGUGCAGCGUUCCCCUUUGUAUGCAGUUAAUAAUGUUGAUAUGAUACACAUAUCUACAGGUUUUUAAUUUUUUGUUUUUGUGAAGACUUCCUUAUACCACUACUUAACCCUCAUGUGGUGUUCAGGUUAUUUUGACCCGGAAAUUUUCUUUUUCCCCAAAAUACUAGUCAAUCUUUUUGUCAACUUGUUUUCUUUAAAUUACGACAGGUUUUAUUUUUGAAACUGAUUGAUCGUAGGCCUCAUUGAUCUGAACUGAUAUUGGUCAAAAAUGACCGCCCAUUUAAAAUGAAUAGGGGAGUCGAAAAUUUAGAGAAACAAUUAGUGUUCAGGAGCGUGUUCAUCAUGUUAAUGUUCACAUUUAUACAUGUGGGCGAGCAAAAAUAAAAGCCUCGGACCUCUGCAUGUGUGGAUAAAUGCAUACUCGUGCAUCCGCGCACAUACACGGGUUCAUGUACACAAACAAACUAUUUUAAGUAUUACAGGCUUUCUUUUGCACAGAGAUGAACUUUAUCCUCAAAUCAGUGAGGCUCAGAUCAAUGAGGCCUACGAUCAAUCAGUUUCAAAAAUGAAUACAAAACCUGUCGUAAUUUAAAGAAAACAAGUUGACAAAAAGAUCGAAUCCAAUAUUUGGUAAUAAAACAGCAUAACAGCUGAUUUCUAAGUUAUUUUUCUGCAGGCCGGUCAUUUUUGACCGGGAACACAAGUGUGAUUUUGCGCAAUUUUGUAAGAAAUAAAAACAAAAUAAAACCGUUUCAAAACAAAUUUCCUGAUUAAACAUUAAAGCACACUAGUGUGAUAAACAGAGCAAUUUUUUUUUCAUAUUUUGUGCAAAAUUGACAAUUAUUUACAAAAAACACUUUUUACUCAAAAACGGGCUAUAUGCACGGAGCGUUCUUUAGAACUUCCGCAUUAAUAUAAGGCAGCUCAAAAACUUCCGGUGAGAUGUUAUUUGCUGGUGUGUUGAGCAUCAGUAGUGUAAUACUUAGUUUAUAAUCAGAAUAUAGUCACUUAAAUAGUCAGGCAUAGCAUUAAUUUAGUUAUUCAAACGUAAGAUGGCAUAAAAAAUAAAUAAAGACGUACCUCAUUGUUCCUCCUCGGCUAAAUUCAAUUCGACCAUCAGUUUUCACAUUUUUAUGUGGAAAAAAAAGCUUCAAAAAUUAAAUAUUUAUUGUGCACUUUAGUUAGAUUAAUUGAAUAAAAUGUGUGUUUUUACAAGUGUGCUGAAAUCAUUGAUCUUGCGCUGCACUGACUGACAGCUGCUGUAAUUACAAAGGGAAAGCGCGGUCCUCGCUUUCUGUCAUGAAUCACAAGAAAAGUUAUUGUUUUUCUUAAGAUUUUUUGAGUAUUUCAUACUUCACAUUGACAAAAUGUAUUUUUAAACCUAGUUAUUUUAUAAUGUUUAAUAUUUAGUCAAAAACGAAGUGAAAAACGAUUAGAGGAAAUGGCAGAUAUAUGCGCAAAUAAAUGCUACUCUGCCGCCACCUGCUGGUUAAAGUGGUAAUUAUUGUCUUUUUUAUUUUUAAAUAAGUGUUUUCUAUCAAAUGUUGAAUUUCCUACAUUUUGAAAAAUUCGGUUUUAUGAUGGGGACAAUCUCAGAAGGAUGAACAAAUAAUGUUUGUGGUCAUCAGAUUAAAAUUAACAUUUGAAGUACUAGGGGAAUUACAGACACGUUUUAAAACGGUCCCAAUAGCUUCCUCUUUAUUGCAAUCAAUAAAACUGGUUUAUUGGAAAAUUAGGUAAAUGUGAUAAGUGCAUUAAAAUAUGAAUACAACAUUAAAAAGUCAAGCAUUGAUGGUUUUUGUCGAUGUACAGCGACUACAGAAUGAACAGCUAACAGUUCGCCGGAAAUGCCCGAGCUGGCUUAACGACAACCAGGAAGUAACCGUGCAUAUAGCCCACUGAGUUUGAGGUGAAGUAGAUUAAGCCACUGAAAAUCACGGAUUUAACAGUCACGCUGAAUCGCGUCAGAGACACAGCAAGCAGAAAAACUACGUGACCAAGACGGAGGGGAAAGUCUGAUGAUGACUGAGAUAGCAAAGGCCCAGACCGAUUCGGUGGUGUCCAGUGUGGAGUCCAUGCUGGCGGACGCUGCCCGAAUACAAACACAGUGCAAGGAGCGCAGCACGGAACUGGCCGCGGCCGCGGUGGAGCUGCACGAGGAGACCCAGAGCCUGCGAGAACAGUGUCAGACCACACAGCUGGACAUGGCCCGCCUCAGACGGACGCUAGACGAGCUAAUGGAUACAAAACACGCUUACGAGGCCCGUGAGAGACAGACCCGCAAACUCAGCAAGCAGCUGUAGAGCGAGGCUGCCAUUUUCCAUAAAUGCGAAGAAAUUAAGUUUUAAAGCAAAAGUAAAUAUCUCUGUAAAAAGUUGUUACAUUUGAAUAAAAAUGUAUUAAAAGCAAA